AUGUCUGUCCUCGGGAGGCGUGGGGCAGGACUUGCUGCUCGAGGGACCACUCUAGCACCAUCAGCAACUGCAAUUUACCUUGUUCGGUCCUUCUCCGCCUUGAACCGCCCUCCGCCUAAGUAUCCCGGUCAUGUUCCUUUAACCUUUCUUGAACGCGGUGCCCUGGCCGUUGGUUCUGCAGUAGGGUCGCUUAUGAACCCUCGAAGAGCGGAUCUCAUUGCGGCAUUGGGCGAAGCCACUGCUACUCCCUACUUUAUAUAUAGACUCCGAGAUGCAAUGCUAUCUGAUCCCACGGGUCGACGUAUCCUUCGUGACCGGCCCCGCAUCACCUCCGAAACUCUGAAACUGCCUUACCUCCGCACCUUGCCCGAAAACUCAGUGGGACGUACCUAUGCUACAUGGCUUGAUCGGGAAGGGGUCUCUCCCGACACGCGCGAUAGUGUCAAGUACAUUGAUGACGAGGAAUGCGCAUAUGUCAUGCAACGGUAUCGGGAGUGUCACGACUUCUACCAUGCGGUGACUGGACUCCCUAUUUUUGUCGAGGGAGAAUUGGCGCUCAAGGCGUUUGAAUUUCUGAAUACUCUUAUUCCCAUGACGGGGCUGAGCAUAUUUGCCUUCGUGCGGUUGAAGCCAGCAGAGCGGGAACGAUUCUUCUCGCUACAUCUACCAUGGGCGGUUCGCAGUGGGCUUGCCAGUAAAGAACUGAUCAAUGUAUACUGGGAGGAGAUCUUGGAAAAGGAUGUUGACGAGCUUCGGAAAGAGCUGGGAAUUGAAAGACCCCCGGAUCUACGAGAAAUCCGGAAAUUGAUGCGGCAACAGCAAAAGCGGGAGAAGGAGAGGCUCGAAGGAAAAUCGUGA